UUACUCUCCAUUCCAAAUGAACCUCACUUCUCUCUACUUCUCUCAUUCUCUCCCUUCAAACGCUUCAAUGAAACCCAUAAACCCUUCUCAAUGUUCUCAUAGACAAGCGCUCUAGAGCUCUAGCUUCUAAAACCCAUCCUAUCCUUCUCCAUUAAACCCAAUUUAUGGCGCUAAUUCCUCUCUUUACCUUUCUAAUCCUCACACUCAUCCCCUUCGCCGCCCCCUCCCCCUCCAUUCAUGACCUUCUCCGCAGCCAUGGCCUUCCUGGCGGCCUUUUCCCCAAAUCCGUCGAGUCCUUCGUCUUUGACAACCAAACAGGCUUGCUGGAGGCUCAGCUUUACUGCCCUUGCUACGCUAAGUAUGAUGGUAUGGCUUUUUUUGAUCAGAUGGUUCGGGGGAACCUCAGCCAUGGCGAGUUGAGAGGCGUUGUAGGGCUUUCGCAGGAGGAGCUGUUUGUUUGGCUUCCGGUGAAGGAGAUCACGGUUUCGGAUCCGGCUUCUGGGGUGAUUUACUUCGAUAUUGGAUUGGCUCGUAAGCAGAUGUCGCUCUCGUUGUUUGAGGACCCUCCGGAUUGCCGGCCGAAAGGGGCUGCACUUUUGGGUUACGGAGAAGGGCUUCAAGGACGAAAGGAAAGAGCAUCUCAGUAUCAGAGAUGAGUAAAAAAAGACCCCAGAAUGCUCCCCUUUUUUUUCUGCUAUUUUGUUUUUUCCCUUUCUAUGUAAAAUUUCUUGUUGCUAGCCCUCUUAUACUAUAUCAAAUUUGAAGUUCAAUCCAUCCUCACCUGUCUAAAUAUUAUCUGUGUUUAUAUGAUGAAUUUUUUGUCUUCUCUUGAA